AUGGAAGAAGCACCACAUUUAGUUGCACAUUUUAUGGCUGCUGGAGCUGAGAAACGUUUAGAAGAUUAUCAUUUUUUACGUAAUACUUAUGAAACAAUAAAUUCACAAGAAAUACAACUGAACCGUAUUUUACGUAUGCUUGGUGAAGAUGAAUUUAGUCUUAAUUGGCGAACAGAAUUUUUACCCAUGGGCAGAGCUCGAACUCGAUCGGCUUAUGAUUUUGAUCAAUGGAGUAGAACUAUGACUUUAAAAGGCAGCAUUGCUUAUGAACGUCUUCGAGAAUUAGAACAUGAUCCUACAAAAGUUGGAGGAGCAACACUACCAACAACAUCUCGUCGUGUACAAGAACUUCGAGAACGUCGACAACGAUUAAGUGAACAACGUGAAUUUGUACCGUCACCAUCUGGUCGUGCUAGUAGUGUUGCAGCGUCAUCUCGUUUACAAGCUGUAGCUGAAUAUGAUACAGCAUUAAUUGAAUCAGAAACAAAACGAAAACGACAAGUCGAAGAAAAUCGAUCGAAUACUCUAGACAAUGAGGCCAAUGAUUUAACUACAAAACGACGUGAAAAAUUGAAAGCAAUGCUUGAAGAAGAAAGUAAAAACUAUGAAAGAUCAAAAAACGAAGAAUUUGAAUCAAAUAAACGUUUAACAAACAAUAAUAAUUUGAUAAAAGAUCAAAACGAACAUGUACUAAAAGAUCGAAAUGAACAUGACUUCAAAGAUCAAAAUGAAAAUGUGUUAAAAGACGAUGCGAAUAAUGUUGACAAAAAUCGAAAAUCAUCUGCUGAUUCCGAUCAAGAAAACUCGGGAGAUAUUGAGUUAAUGUCAUUUACUGUUCGUUGGGAACCUGUAUCAUCAUCGAACAAAACUCAAGAUGAUAACGAUUCUUUGAUUCGUCUUUUCUGUCAAUGGGCAUCGCCCAAUUCAUCAUCGACGAUUGAUUAUUUAACAAUUGAACGCCAAUUUGGUGAUCAAGAAUGGUUAUCUAUUGGAGAAAAAAUUAAUAGAUUAGACAAUCAAACUCAAUUAGAUAUAUCACUAAUGAAUGAUAAUGACAAGAAAACUCAUGCUACUACUCCAUCAUUGUUUCGUCUUAAGGCUCAUCUUCAAAAUGGUCAAACAUUUACGAGCAAACCAACAGAUGAAAUAUUUAUGAAUCUGUGUCCAGAAAAGAAUAUCAUUAUACCUGAUGUUGAAGUACUUUCACCGAGUUCCGUGCAAUUAACAUGGGACAAUAAUGAAAACGAAGAAAAACCAAGUAUUUAUGAUAUUGAAAAGAAAGAAGAUGAACAAUUACAAUGGGAAAAAGUGACUGAAGUUCCAUUGUCACAACGUUCAGCUAGAAUAGAUAGUUUAACUGAUGCUAAUCAAUGUCAAUUUCGUUUAAUAUCAUCAUCGAGUGAACCAGAAGAAAUCAAAAAGACAGAAAGUGAGGUCGAACCAGAAGUAUUAACUGUACAUAAUGUGAAUGAAUGGCUAAAUUCAUUGCAUAUUAAUCCAACAUCAGCGAAUACAGUUGAUAUUGACAUAUCAGAAGAAGGCUUUAAAGCAUUCGAUUCAUAUAAAAUUGAAUAUACAACAGUGGACGAAUCAGAUCAUUGGACACAAAUGUCCGAUAUUACUCAUGAUAAUCCACAUUUAGCAAUUAAAAAUCUUAAAAAAGGUGCCGAUUAUCACUUUCGUUUCACUCCUAUUUCACCAGCAACGGCAACAAUGAAAGGAGCUGACACUUCUCAAUUUUCUGUUGUUCUUGAUGUUAAAAUGCCAUCAAUACGAAAAGGACGAUUUGCUUCAAGUGAAAAUGAAGCACCUGCCGUCGAUGUUGUUCCUCCUCCUCAAUUUUCAAUUCAAAAACUUGAUGCAACUAGUGUUCUUAUUGAAGCUGUUGUUCCCGAAGAAGAAACACCAACAUUUGAAGAUGUUUUUGAUGUUUAUUCGAAAAAUGAAACAAUGGAUGACGAUUGGACUAAAGUUGGAACAAUUGAUAAAGAACAUCCAAGUACAAAAGUUGAAAAUCUUGAAGAAAACAUGGCUUAUAGUUUUAAAAUCGAUAACAUAACAUCACCAUUAGAUGAGGAGCAAGCUAAUACCGUACAAGAAUUAAAAUUUGAUACAACACCGGUAAAACUAUAUGAUGCAUCAGCAUUACUCGAGAAAAUAGAAAAAAAUCUUGAAAAUGUUGUUAAUAAUGUUAUGCAAGCAGCUGCUGGCCAUCAAACGCUUGAUGAACCGGUGAAUAAAAGUUUAAAUGAAGUUAUUAAAGAAGCAUUUCGUGAGGAAGCACUUGUAGCCAAUGAGGAAUUCGGAUUUGAUACAUUGGUAUUAAAUGAUGAUUUACUAUUAUAUCGUGGCCCAAAACAAAUGAUGUUAAAAGAAUUAGAAGUAGAUGAAACAGGCGAUUUAUCAAAACAUUACGGUGAAAUUAUAAUUCAUAAUUAUUGUACAACAGAUCAAUCAGUUGUUGUUCGAGAAGAUAAUUCUAAUACGCGUGUUGAAAAUAUUGAUGGUGAUAUAAUUAUACGUAAUGUUGUUAGUGAUGUUUUGCUAAAAAAUGAACAAACACGUCAUCAAUUAUCAAUGAAUAUUGUUGGACAAGCGUUUUUAAAGGGUGUUCAAGGAACGUUAGUUGCAUCGAAAUUUAAAGGGAUUAUAGUUGUGAAAAAUGUACAUAAACCGUAG